AUGGCUUCAUCUCGUUUGUUUAACAAUAUUGGAAGACUUGGUAUUGGCUUAGCGAUUGCUGGUGGUGCCAUCAAUUCUAUGCUCUAUAAUGUUGAUGGGGGUCAUCGAGCGGUAAUUUUUGAUCGUUUUCAAGGUGUUAAACCAGAUGUUAUAGGUGAAGGAACACACUUUAUGAUUCCAUGGCUUCAUAGACCCAUUAUAUUUGAUAUUCGUACGCGACCACGAUCUAUUCCAUCAAUAACCGGAACAAAAGAUUUACAAACGAUUAAUAUAACAUUACGUAUUCUUUAUCGACCAAGAGCUGAAAUUUUACCGAAAAUCUUCACUAAUUUGGGUUUAGAUUAUGAAGAACGUGUUUUACCAUCAAUUACGAAUGAAGUUUUAAAAUCUGUUGUGGCUCAAUUUGAUGCAAUUGAAUUGAUCACACAACGUACACUUAUUUCUCAACGUGUUAGUGAAUUAUUAACAGAACGUGCAGCUCAAUUUGGUUUACUACUUGACGAUAUUUCAAUUACCCACGUGAGUUUCGGACCAGAAUUUACAAGUGCCGUUGAAUUAAAACAAGUUGCACAACAAGAUGCUGAAAAACAACGAUUUUUAGUCGAAAAAGCUGAACAAAGUCGUCAAGCGAAUGUUAUUGCAGCCGAAGGUGAUGCACGUGCAGCUGAUCUGAUUGGCAAAGCGCUAGGUGAAGCUGGCGAUGGUUUGAUCGAACUUCGACGAAUAGAAGCCGCCGAAGAUAUUGCUGGUCAAUUAUCGAAAUCACGAAAUAUCGUCUAUUUACCACAUGGUCCUCAAAUGUUGCUUAACAUUUCCGGUUCUAUGCAAUAG